CCUGGCAAAAGCAGCUGAAGUCCUGGGACUGGACCAGGAAGCAGGGGAGAAAAUGACAUUAAGGUUUGAGGCUUCCCACCUUGAUGGCUUGUGCCCUGGAUGGAGCGUCAUCCUUAAAGGGAAGCCUCCUUCCGAUGCCAGCAAAUUUGAAAUCAAUUUCAAGUGCGGUGACGAGAUCGCCUUCCACUUCAACCCCCGUUUCGCGGAGUCCCAAAUCGUGUGCAACUCCUUCAUGUCCAGCCGCUGGGGACAGGAGGAGCACUGCAGCACUUUCCCCUUCGAGAAAGAGGAGGCCUUUCAGAUUGAAAUCUACUCGGAUAAUGAAAGCUUCCACGUGUACAUCGACGAGGUAAAGAUCAUGCAGUACAAGCAUCGCGUCGAAGACCUGAAGACUAUCACUAAGGUUCAGGUGGCGAAUGACGUGAAUAUCUCCUCCCUGAUGAUCACCAAAAAAACGUUUUAUUAAAAUAACUACGCAAGGAAUUAGGCUAAAUCAUAUGUCCACAAUUGCUCUUUAACAAAUUAGGCUGUGAACUUUUGUUUCUUUAUACUAAAUUAUUCGCUCUCUGUUUUUUUUUAAUACGCUUGAAUGUGUGUGACUUUAAUAAGCUUUAAAUGUUUUACAUUUGCUUUCAAAUGUGUCACGUCCAAAACAACAUUUGAUAACUUGUCCAAAACUAAUAGCUUGCAAACACAUACAAAAAGCAUUUAAAUAAAGUGAACCUACACAAUA